CCAGCCUGGAUAAAGUGAACAGCAGUCUACAAGCCACCGUGAUCAUGUUGAAAGGAAUAGAAGACGAGAAGGAAAAGCAGGCAAGAAAAGACAAAUUUUCUGAAAGUGAAAAACUUUCCCUUAGUCAGCGUGAUAACAAGGAGAAGAGUGAGACGAUGUCAGAAACCAUGUCAUACCUGGGGAAAGGCAGCCUGGGACACUCCUCUCUGAGAGGAUCAAAGUACGACCUCAACAUUGAUAACCCUCAGACCCCUAUCCCUGAGGAAGGAGGGGAGCACAGCGAAACAGCUGAAGUCCCAGUUGAGCCCCAUACAGAUGCGCCAGUGGACACAAUGAACCUGACCAACAUGGACCUAAUCAUAGUGAAGAAAGAACAGGAAGAGGCCAUAGAGGAGGAGAUUGACCCUACAGAGCUGAAACUGAUGCUGUUUCCAAGCCAGAUACAGAAGAUUAGCAGCCUCAUCUCUCUCCUGGCUAGGCAGAGGGAUCUGUUAGAAAGAUUAUCCAAGAAGGCUGAGAGCAGUAACACCAACAUGAUGGACAGCUUUGACUGGCAGUCCCAGCUGAGGUACACUUUUGAGGCGGAGGGGAGGAAUAUCAAAAUACAGUGUUUGGACAGUGACUUUGAGUAUGGCUAUGAGUACAUGGGGUCAGCUCAGAGAGAGGUGGUCACCCCACUGUGUGAGAAGGCUUUCUUCACCCUCUGUCAGGCAGUCAAAGCCAACAUGGGGGGACUCUGCAUGGGACCUGCUGCCAGUGGUAAACUGGAGACAGUUCAUGAACUCAGCAGAUCUCUGGGCAGGCCUUUGUAUACAUUUAACUGUACAGCGGCCAUGGACAGCUUCAUGCUACAUGAUAUCUUCAGGGGAUUUGCCACAACAGGCUCUUGGAUCUGUUUCAACAAGCUGACUAUGCUGGAUCCUACAGUACUAAGUGUGUGUGCCCAACUUCUCACAGCAGUCCAUGACGCUCUGAGAGCCCAGAAAACAACCAUCAACUUAGGGGCGGAGGAACUGCCACUCAAUCCACAGGGGGCGUGUUUUGCCUUGAUUGACAGCUCCAUCAAGGCAACAGCUGGUGUUCCGGAGAAGUUGAUGUUGUUUAAUUCGGCAGUGUCAGCGUUGCCCAAUGAGCUUCUAGAUCAGUUCCGCACUGUGACAUUGACCAAGCCUGACCUGCGACUGGUUGUUGAGGUCAUGCUCAUCAGUCAAGGUUUCACUCGAGCCAGAGAGCUGGCCCAUAAGACAGUGCUGCUCUAUGAGAUGUGCAGCAAGCUGGUCGGCACCAACACCCCCAUUAAAGACAACAUCAAACUAGGUACUGAAGCCAAUGAGGGUUCACAUGGCUGGAGUUUGCAGACUUUGAAAUAUGUCGCCUCAGAAGCUGGAGCCAUUCUAGACACCAUGACUUGUAUAGAGAUGGAGGAAGAAGAAAGAAAUGAGGCAGAGCUUGCAGCAGAGGAGGUAGAACCUGAGAAACAUGAAAAAGAGCAACAAGAAAAGUCUCAAAAAGGUCAACUAGAAGUCCCGCAGAACCUGCGUAAGGAUGAAGACGAGGCUCUGGUUACGUCCCUGCGCAACACAUUCAUGCCAAGACUGCUUCAAAAAGAUGCCAGCGUUUUCACAACUCUGGUGAUAGAUCUCUGGCCUAAUGUUGAUAUCCCUAUGGAAUUCGGAGGAUUGAGUAAAGCUGAGAGUGAAGCUGAACUGAUGACAUCACAGCAGGCGCUGGCAGACUCAGUGCUGCCAUCUAGGGCAGAGUCCAGGAAGUCAGGGAUCAAGUCGGCCCCAGGGUCUAAGCCAGCUUCCAGGGGUGGCAAGAAGAGUAGAGGAGACUCGUACAAGGAAUCAGGGGCUAAAGACUCUGUCCCCAUGAACACUCCUGUUGUUGGUAUGGCCUCUGCUCUGGUGGGUAACUUCGCCUCCCUGUCUGAACCAGUAGAGAAGCAGCCAUUGGAGGAUAUCAACGAUGCCAUUGCCGUGGCAACAGGGGAUCUUGGCUUGAUGCCAGGAACAGCAUUUCAAGCAAGAGUGGUGCAACUGUCUCACCUAAACACUGCACACCAAACGAUUAUAGUGACAGGGCCUGCAGGUUGUGGUAAAUCAGAAUGUAUCAAAACCUUUGCUGUGGCAGAGAGAGAACGAGGCAAGACCAUCAGUAUUCAGAGUAUCUUUACCAAAGCUCUGGAAUCUGAGGAGUUGCUGGGUUAUGUGGACCCAUACACCAAGGAGUGGAGAGAUGGUCUUCUCCCAAGUCUCCUCAGGAAGUUCUGUAUCCAAUCUGCAGCCAUGAAUUACGACAUGAACACCAAGCCAGUGAUGAAGAUGCUGCAGUUAGAUGGAGAGCUUGACCCAGUCCAGUUGGAGCUGAUGGAAAGUAUCCUGCACAAUGAUGGCGCCAUUGUCCUGGGAAACAACGAGAGGGUCAUCAUGCCUGAUAACCUUAGAUUUAUGUGGGAGGUUGACUCUCUCCAUAAUGUGAGCCCUAGUAUUCUAGCCACUGUUGGGAUAUUGUGUAUGACCAACCAAGACGUGGGCUGGAAGCUAAUUCUAGCACAGUGGUUAGAGCACAGACCAGAGACGGAUCGGGACUUGAUCAAAAAUUUCUGUGACAACUACAUUCCUAAAAUCCUGGAGUACUUGGGGCAGUGUACGAGCGCCCCGAUGGAAGGGAAGAACGAGACAGGAAUGCACUACACCAGGAUGAUUAGACAGACUGAUGAUAACAUGAUUACUACUUUGACAGGGUUGUUUGAGACUUUGGUGGCCCCCUACACUGAUCUCAGCGACGUGGAAUAUGAACGCUACUUCAACUUUGCCUGUAUCUGGGCGUUUGCUGGCACUCUGGAGUAUGAACACAGAGAGUCUUUCAACCUGUGGUGGAGACAGGAGUUUGAGAGUCACAUUGACUAUCCAGAAGAUGGAACAGUAUUUGACUACAUGGUGGACAGUGAGAGUCAUGAGUUCUGUAAAUGGGCAGACAUCAUACCCUCCUAUACAGCCACUCCACAUGUUGGUAUUCCACCAGAGGCUUUUGUACACACUGUCACUACUGAGCAAAUCUCCUAUCUCCUUGGUCUGCUGUCUGAUGUGGGCAAACCUGUCAUGCUGGUCGGCAAAGACGGCUGUGGGAAGUCAGCCAUUGUGGCAGACAGGAUCAGGACUGUGUGUUCUGGAGAAGUGGCAGAAGUUCUGGCUCUGGCUGUCAUAGCUAACAGGUUCACCAAUGCCAAACUGCUGUACAGUCGUCUUGAUGAGAGGUUGGAAUGGAAACAUGGCAGGACAUACGUCCCCAAGGGAAACAAGAGACUCAUGUGUCUGGUGGAUGAUCUCAACUUGGCACAGGUGGACAAAUACAGCAACCAAUCAGCAGUAGAGCUGGUCCGACAGCACAUUGACGAUGGCGGGAUGUACAAUACAGAGUCACAUGCAUGGCGCUACAUCAAGAACGUGACCUACGUGACCACGGUGAACCCACAUCCCAGCGCCAGUGUGCCCAAGCUGAGCCAGAGACUGCUCAGACACUUCUGUGUGUUUGGCUGUCCUUAUCCAGGGAACCAAGAGCAGCACACUAUCUUCAACACCCUGAUGCAUACCCACUUCAUCACACCAGAGAUGUCCAGUCUGGUCACCAUCAGUGCCUCUGCUGCACACCACCUGGAGAUCAAUGACGAAAAGGAGACAGCCCGGGUCCAGAAUGUGAUCAGAGAAGAAGAGGAAGCCUUGAAGAAACUGAUAGCCCAAGUUGUGAAGGUUAAUGUGGAACUUCAGGGGAAACUGAAGACCAUGUUCCUGCCCACUUCCCAGAGAUGUCACUAUAUCUUCACCAUGAAAGAUCUGCUCACUGUGUUCAGGAACCUGUGUCUGUCCCUGCGCCCAGGCUGUAACAAGGACAGCUUACUACAGCUGUGGCAACACGAGUGUUCCUGGGUCUACGGUCAGCGUAUGGGCACCGAGGUGGACAGAGAGAGGUACCAGACUGCCUUUGCCACUGCUGUCAGGAAGGAGUUCAGCAAUGAAGAUCAGAUCCAGCUUCUCCUCAAGAAAAAGAAGCCAUUGUUCAGCAACCUUAUAGAACAAGACAGUGGCAUGGUGACAGCCGGAAACAUCAUUCAGAGGUCAGACGUCACUCCAGAGCAAUCCAAGACGGACAUGUACGUGUCCAGUACGGACGAGAAGAGGCUGAAGUACCUGCUGGAACGCGGGGUGGAGGAGUACAAUAAGGCAUAUCCUAGGAUUAAGCUGCCUUUGUAUAGAACUGUGAUAGAACAAGUUUGCCGCCUGGCCCGUAUUGUGGCAUCCCCACACGAAGUGGCGCACACAGUUCUGGUGGCAGAUGGUGAUCCCGGGCGGUGCACCAUCAUGGCGCGACUGGCGGCACACCUGAGUGGGUUCUCAGUGUUCUCCAUCAACCCCAGCCCCAUUGCCAGCCCUGUGGAUUACAAGAUGGAUGUAUUCAAGGGAGAGCUGUCUGCUGCCUAUACUAAAGCUGGAGUCAGGUCUGAAAAGACCCUCUUUGCAAUCCAUGAGGAGGAUCUCCUGGACGAGGACUUCAUGGUAUUCCUGACGGAGUUUGUUGUGAAUGGCGCUAUCAGUCACCUGUACUCCUACGAGGAGCAGACCACCAUUAUUAACUCCAUCAGGACAGAGGUGACGCAGGCAGGGUUGACAUACACCAGAGAGGUGGCCUGGGAGUUCUUCCUCAAAACUGUGAGGAAGAACUUCAGAAUCUGUCUGAUAGCGUCAAGUGGUGGCCCCAAUUUCCAACGUAUCUGCCGUGAAUACCCAGCUUUUACCAAGAAUGUCAACUUCAUCUGGUUUUCUCACUGGAGCAGGCAGCAGCUGGUCAACCAUGCUAGCUAUCAUCUGAAAGAUGUGAAAUGGAUGAACAAGAUCCAGAAGGAGAACAUAGCCCACAUGCUGUCCUCCAUGCAUAUUGCUAUCCACCAGCAGGACGGCCAGGAGAAGGGAUCUGGAGAAUAUAGACAUAUCACCAAUACUACCUAUGAGAAGUUUGUAGAGAGGUUUAUAUCAGUGGCCAAUGCCAGACACAGUGAGAUUGGUCAUUCCCAUGACAUGGUUACCAAAGCUCUGGAGCAGAUCCACAGAGAGAAUACGCUGGCCACAAAACUUCACAAGCAGUUAGAACACGAGAAAAUAGUUCUGGAGGAAAGAAAAGCAGGAACAAUCAAGAUAUUAUCUCAGAUUGGCCAGGACACGGCUAUCACAGAGCAGCAAGUCAAAAUUGUCAAGUCACAGAUGGAGAAGAUACAGAAAUUGAAAAAGUUGCUGCCAGAGUACCAGGUGGCCCAUGAGAGGGCAGUGUACAAGGCUAUUGCCAUUGUUGGAGACACCAAGAAGAUUGUUCAGGAGAUGGACAUGGAAAGUUUACAUGAAUUGAGAGCUAUGCAGAAACCUAUCAUAGAUAUAGAGGACCUGAUGGCUGCUAUCAUCAUGAUAUUGAAAUCUCCAUCAGCAGACUUAACCUGGCACAAGGGUGGGAAAAGACAGAUGGCAAAUCUGGAGAGAUUCACAGAAGAACUGAUGUCAUUUGAUGACAACCAACUGCCAGAGUCCACCCUCAACCUUGUGGAGCCGUACCUGAAGAAACCGUCCUUUGACCCUGAGACCAUCUUGAAGAAAACUGCCACCAAGGCCUGUGCCUCCCUGUGUAAAUGGGUGAGAGGGGUGGUCAGGUACCACCGUAUGAUGUUGUCCAAGGUAAAGCCUCUCCAUGCCAAGGUGGAGCAGACCACACAGGCUGUGGAUAACGCAGAACAGAAGAUGAACCAACUGGAGAACAAGAGAAAAGCCCUAGAUAUCCGUCUGGCUGACCUGGCCAAAGGGUUCGAGGAGGCCACCAUAGACAAGAAUGACCAGGAGGAGAAAACCAUUAAGAUGGACAAGAUGCUGGAGACGGCAGCAAGGCUCAGGAAGAUUUUGAAAAGAGAGCACUUACGCUGCCAGCAAAUCCACGAGGGUCUACGCAGUAGACAGAUCGCCAUUCCUGGAGGGUCUGCCAUUGCCUCCGCCUUCACGACCUACCUGGGCCCAUACCACUACAACUUCCGCAGACUCAUGUUGACUGUCCACUGGCCUAACUGCCUGAGAGAGAGGGGGAUACCACUGGUCAUUGACUCCAUUGACCAUCUCAGAGGCCGUGUGAUAGACUUCUCCAUAGAAGGUCUGAAGACAGCAGCGGGGGCCUCAGGUUUGCCUGCCAUAGAGGAGGAGGAGGAGUGUCUGGAGGAAGGCAAGGGACCAGAGGCUGAGGGAGAGGAGGAGGGGAAUGAGGAACAGACUGACCCAGCUGUGGAAGGGGCUCUUCCUGAACAAGAGGGCACCACAGUACAGCAAGGACAGGAGCAACAGGACAAUGCUGUAGCCACUCCACGUAAAAGCAGAGAAGGCUCGAGAGGACCACAAGACACAGGAGACCAGCAGCAACUGGCCAGGAUCCAGGAGGAACAUGAGAAUGCCACGGAGCCGAGUGAGUCUGGGACAGACGGAGGCAGUAUUCCGCUGAUAACUGCCCAGCAGUAUAACCAGUAUGUACGGAGUCUGGUGAAACUGUUGGUUGGGGAGAAGACGCUGUAUGAGUGGAUACGGAAAGAUUUCGGUCCUCGUCAGAUCGAGAAUGCGGCUAUAGCUUACUCCUCGUGGCAGCGUCCCCCUAUGCUAGUUGAUCCCUAUGGUGAGGGGAUCUCCUGGCUGAAAUGGCUGAACCGUAGCAUGAACAAGAAAAAACUGAUUAUCCUGGAUGUAGACACAAGGUCUGACCCCCAGGUAAUGGUGGCUAUAGAGAAAGCUAUAAUGAAGGGACGGCCAGUGCUUCUAGAGAACUGUGAGAACAACCUGGACAGUAUGAUCAUGCCGCUGAUACACCAUAGAAACACUGCAUAUGAAAAUGAUGAAAAUGAAGAGCCAAGGAUGAUCCGUUUUUGUGGACGCCGCAUCUUGUGCCACCCUGAUUUCCGCCUCAAUCUGGCAACACGUUCUCACAAGCCUCAAUUCAGUCCCCACGUCGCAUCCAGAACAACCCUCAUCAAUUACGGGAUGUCCGGAGAGACGCUGGUGGAGGACCUGCUGUCACGAGCCUUUGCACGGGUUCGACCAGAGUUGUACAAGGAGCGGAAGCUGGCGCUGAAGAAUAUUCAUCGCCAGAAGGAGGUUCUGGAUCGGAUAAUGGAGUAUUCCAAGAGAGACAUGCUUGGCCACGGAGACAGCUGGGACGAGAGAGAGGUGGAAUUCAUCUCAGAUGCGCAACAGAAGAAGACACAGAUGGCCCAAAAGCUCCACGAAACGCAACUUUUCCUUGAGGAACUGGACAUGCUGAAAGACGAGCUGUUCCCUAUUGCGCGAAGAGGUGCCAUGCUGUACGCCAUCUUGCGGAGCAUGUCUGCGGUGCAGAGAGAAUACCAAUUCACUUUGCCGUCCUUCUUGGCUCUGUUUGAUGAGGCUGUUGGUGGUGACUUCCCUGAGGAGUACUAUGAUGAGUCUGAUGCAGAGGAUGACUAUGAUGAUGAGGACAGCACAGUGCAGGAACAGCAGGGGUACCGUGCAGGCAGUACCAGUACCAAGUCCCGUACCUCUCACAGACAGCCCAAGGAAGACCAGAGUGCCAAGGGCUCCCACUAUGAACACAAGAGUGAUGUGGAUAGCACUGGGAUGGGGGCACUCUCAGACAAGAAGACCCAUGGCAAAGGUGGUGGGAGGUCUUCACGUGGAGACCUGGCUUAUGAAGGGGAUUUUGAGGAUGAGCACAAUGAAGGUAACACACAGCAAGAAGAGGAAGGAGAGACUGACAUCAAUGAUGACCCAGAGAAGCUGCCAGCCUGGGAGCUCCCUGACAUACCUGACCUCCCCUCAGAGGGAGUGGACUAUUCCAGUAUGGCAGAAGAUCAGGUGAAAACACUGGUGGAUGCCGUCACCACCACACUGUACCAGCACAUUAAACAGAGUCUGUAUGAUGAGCAUGCGUUGCUGUUUGCCACCAUGGUAACACUGAACAUCCAGGUAGAGGGAGGGGCAGACUUCUCUGAUGAAGAACUCUCUCUGCUUCUACAAGGUAACCCAGGAAUUGGCAUGACCUUGACCUUGACAGACUUUGAGUCCCAGGCAUCAGAUCCUGAUUGGAUAGCCAAGGACAGAUGGGAUGACAUCCUGGCCAUGUCAGUACUCCCUGGGCCCCUGGACGCCAUAUGUUGCCACAUUGCUGAGUUCUCAGAGGCGUGGAAGGCCUGGUAUAACCUCCCUGAGCCCGAGACAGCCGCCAUGCCCAAUGAUAAGAAUGAAGGGGAAGCAGAAAACCAACCUCAGAAAAAUACCGAGGAGGAAGAUGACGGGAUUCCAGAAGACCCAGACAUACCCCUUACUGACUUCCAUCGCAUGCUGCUAGUACGCAUGAUGCGACCUGACCGCACCCCUGCUGCCAUGGCAACCUAUGUUAACAAAUACCUUGCCCCCCACCUCACUGCAGGCAGGGAACCAAAGCUCAGCGAUAUCCAGAGACUGAUGAAGGGUAAUGAAUAUGGGCUGCUGGUUUUACUACCGCCAACUCCAGCAUGCUCAGACCAGCACCCCACCUCUAGCCUGAAUAUGAUUGAACACCCCAGAGAAACAUUAUUAAACAUGGCCAAGGUGGGUGGAAUAGAUGUGGAACACGUGGUAAUGGGAGAGGGUUGUGAACACCAGGUUGAGAAAGCUCUAGAGGAGGGUCAGAAGAAAGACUGCUGGAUACUGAUAGAGAACUUACACCUCUCACCUCAGAGCUUCUACAAACCACUGAAGAACCACCUGGCCAGACUGGCUAAAAUGAUAGCCACAGAAGAGAAGAACACCCUAGUGUGGAUCACCUCAGAACCAUCCAGUCGUGUCCCUCCACAGCUGAUCCAGUGUCUCCACACCCUGUCCUGGCAGUUUGUAGGACCCCAGCUGGUGGAGACACCUAGGGAGGAGGAGACCAUUGACCUCACUUUUAACUUUGGUUCUCUGAAGUCUGUUCUGCCUUCAGCCAUAGCCUACGCCCUGAACACCACCCCUCUGAGCCACUGGGAGAGGGUGAAAACCUUCAGCCAGCCCCUCAAACUACUCAUCUAUGGGGUAGGGGUGAUCCAGGGGGCUCUCCUGGCCAGGCAGACAUUUGGCAGCCAGGGUCUGAGUCAGUGGAGUACGCUCAGCAGGACUCACAUGGUGCAGGUGAUUGAUAUGGUGGACGGGGCGGUGAGCAGGACGAAGGAACCAUCUGUGGAGGAGCUGGGGCCAAUUAUAUCUAAGAUGGUGUAUGGAAAUAUUCUAGUCAAUGCCUGGGACCAGGACUAUAGCGCCGCCCUGGUGGCUGCUGUGAUGAAGGGGCUCCAAGCUGGUGCCAUCACCCUGGGAGACGUACAGAUACCAAUGCCUUCUGCUGGCACAGAACCCACAGACUAUGGUACGUGGAUUGUGGAGCAGAUGAAAGAAGACAGCAACUCCCUCCAGGCACUCUCCCUGCAUACCAGUGUGGAGAAAGAAUACAAUGAAUCCAGCGGUAUCGAAUUCCUUGAUCACCUGGACAAGCUGUACGAGACACAAAACAUGGACAUCAGCUCCGAUGUCACCCCAGCUAAAACAGUUGACACAAUGAAGCUACGCAACGCUAUUGACAAGUGCACGGAAUCCUUGCCUCCAUUACUGAUGCUUGGUGAUGCGCCCCAGCAGGAGACGGAUGAGGAGUAUAGCUUCCCGUAUCACUGGCCCAGUGUGGUAAGCCUGGCCAGUGCAUCUAGUACUCUCAUGCCGGAGUCCAUUGGACACGUCCUGUUGCAGGAAUGCCAGUGGCUGAACUCCUUACUGUGUUACAUCAGGCAGAAUAUCUAUGACAUCAGGAACUCUCUGGUGGGAGGUACCGAGUCCCUGCCUAACCCACUCAAAGAGGCUGUCUUCUGCCUGCAGGAGGAGUAUGUGCCAGUGACUUGGGUCCACCCCAACAAGCAGCCUUGUACUCAUACUUUAGACUCCUGGCUCACAGACUUGAGGAAGCAUUACUCACAGCUGAACUCAUGGGUCAAAUCUGGCAUGGUGCCAACUUAUGACAAAGAGGGUAAUGUCAGUAAUUCGGGGAUAGCCAGAGGAUCCCUCAAUGUUCUAUGGCUUGGAGGAUUGGUGAAACCACAGGCGCUCUUCACUGCUUUGAGGCAGGAAAAAGCUGUUGUCAUGGAAACCACCAUGGAUGAGAUCGCACUGAGUUGUGAAGUGCUGGAGGGUGCCGUUAUAGAGCAGAUGGAGGUACAAGACGAGGGCGGACUUUACAUACGAGAUCUACUGAUGCAAGGUGCAUGCUGGGAUGGGGAAAAUGGCAGCCUUGCUCCUGCCACGUCCUUCCUGUAUCCUAUGCCACUGAUGUAUGUGAAGCCAGUAAUGAGAUCAGAACUGGAGGAGAUGAAGCAGCAGAUCAGUCUGUAUGAUGUCCCAGUCUUCAUGAACAGGGUAGGUGGGAGAUAUCACACAGCAGAUCAGUCUGUGGGAGAUAUCACACAGCAGAUCAGUCUGUAUGAUGUCCCAGUCUUCAUGAACAGGGCCAGGCAGGUGUGUGCGCUGACCCUACCCCUGGCCAGUAAAGACCCUGUGGAAACAUGGCAGCUAGCCACCGUGGCCCUUAUACUGGAUCCAGGGGUCCCAGAGGAUGCCCACCGCAAGCCUCGCAAACAUGCCGCAGUCAAAGCCAUGCCCUACCAUGUGGGUGAUGCAGAUGCAGCUCGUGCACUGAGCACACGACAGGCCAACACGGCAGACCUCUUUGAGGGUGCAGAAUCACAGAUGGAUGCUCGUAUGUCUGCACGAUCACGCUUGUCUGCACGUUCAUACCACUCCCAGAUGUCGUACCGCCCCAUGUCACCCCGCGCCCCUCCACUUCCGCCUGACCUGCAGAUGCACAGGGAACAGGUAAUGACAGAGGUGUCUGACGAGCCAGAGCAGAGUCCAAGAAGUCAGGCUGGUUCACAGCAAGGACAAAAGCAACAAACAAAUUUACCACAGAAUAAGUUCCCUUCCAAUGACUCAUUGGGCAAGCAGUCUCAAAAAUCUGUGGGCUCAAGGAAAAAAGGUUCCCUGAAUAGGCCACCUAGUGAGCAAUCAAGGAAAUCGGUGGAGGGAGGUAUUGCCACAGGCCCUGAGUCAAGGCCACUGAGUCGCCACUCACGUGAUGCAGAAGAGGGUGUCACAGAGGGCGCUCAGGGGCAGUCUCCAAAAGCAUCUCAAGCUGGCUCAGUGAAGGGCCAAUCACCAAGGGCCUCUCAAGCUGGCUCAGUGAAGGGCCAAUCACCAAGAGCCUCGCAAGCUGGCUCAGUGAAGGGCCAAUCACCAGCAGCAUCUCAAGCUGGCUCAGUGAAAGGGGAAUCCCCCAGAGGAGGGUCACAGGCAGGGUCUGUCAAAGGUCAACCACAGGGGUCAGAAGGUCAAAGGUCACGUCGGCCUAGCCAGCAAUCUGCCACUAAGGAAAGUGAUGAGAAUAAAUCAGACUCUGAGAAACAGGCCAGUGCUGGAGAGUGA